CGCUCCUGCGUGCGGGCUUCUGGCGUCCAGCUCGACGCAGGUCCGUGGCUGCUUGCAGGCUGCUGCAGGCGUGCUAUUUGCAGCAGCGGAGACACCUCUGCGAAAUGCCUUUUGUAUGCCCGGCUGGCGUCUCCUUGUUUUUUUUCUUUUUGCUCCAGAGGGGUCCGAUCGCAGUGUUUUUGUAGCCAUGCUUGGCGCCGGGUCCGGCGGGCUGUCCUAGCUGACUGAGCCGCUCCGGCAGCGGUGGGUCCGGGUUGCAGCGCACAGCCGGGGGAUGAGGCCUACUUGUUAAAGCUCCCACCACCAACCCCACCGUCGCGAUGGCUGAUGAUCAACAACAACCUGGUCAUCAGAAGCCCGCCCCGGGAUUAGGCUCUCUUCCAGCGCUGGUGCCAGGACUGCAGGGGCCCGAGGCUAACGCGUUACAGUUCAAAAUAAAGAAUUCAAUUUGCAAAUCUGUACAAUCAAAAGUGGACAGCAUAUUGCAAGAUGUUGAGAAGUUUACAGACAUCGAAAAGCUCUACCUCUACCUUAAGUUGCCUUCUGGUCCCAGCAGUGGCAAUGAUAAAAGUUUCCCCAUAUCUAUUCAUCACCCCAACCCCCAAAUUCUGCCCAUUUGGACUGGGAAUGAGAGGGGGUCCUCUACUGCUGGAUUAUGUGAUCAGAGUUCCAUGUCGUCGAGCCGUACACAGCAGAUGUAUGCAUUCAACUGGAUACGCAAUCACCUAGAAGAGCACCCAGAGACGUCCCUCCCCAAGCAAGAGGUGUACGACGAAUACAAGAGCUAUUGUGACAAUCUUGGCUACAAUCCACUGAGUGCAGCAGACUUUGGGAAGAUCAUGAAGAAUGUCUUUCCCAACAUGAAGGCACGUCGUCUGGGCAUGAGGGGGAAAUCCAAAUACUGUUACAGCGGGUUAAGAAAGAAAGCUUUUGUUCACAUGCCAUCCUUACCCAACCUGGAUCUGCAGAAGUCUGGGGACGGGUGUGAGCUGAUGGAGUCGACGGGUCAGUCUCCGAGCGCUGAGGACGAGAUGCGAUCGGCGGCCUGCGGGCUGGUGUGUGAGUGGGCUCAGAAGGUGUUGAGUCGUCAGUUUGACAGCGUGGAGGACCUGGCGCGCUUCCUGCUCAACAGUCACUACAUUGGUACAAAGUCCAUGGCUGCACUCACUGUUAUGACUGGAACACCCACAGGAAUGAAGACCCCAACUCCAGCCUCUGCAUUUGUUCCCACUGCUGAGGCGAACUCUUUCCAGCCCCAGGUGAAGACCCUGCCGUCGCCCUCUGUUGACGCAAAGCAGCAACUGCAGCGCAAAAUCCAAAAGAAGCAGCAGGAGCAGAAGCUUCACUCACCGUUGCCUAAUGAGUCCCAGGUGAAGCGGACCGAGGCCAGUACCCCCGGACCCACCAUAUCCUGCGGCAGCCCUGCUGUGCUGUCUUCUCAGCCCACCAUAGGAAUCGUGGUAGCCGCCGUCCCCAGCCCAGUCCCGAGAAACAGGCAGCUGAUGACGUCGCCCAGCCCCGUGGGGACCGCAGAAGGAAAAGUGUUGCCUGUAAACUUCCAGGUUGUCACUCAGUCUCUCAAACAGUCUCCCAAAAUGCCCCAGAACGUCCCGGCGAGUCCCGUGGGAGACCGACUGGCCCGGCACGGCACGCGGUACGCCCAGAUCCUUCCCAAGCCCUCCGCCACGAGCGCCAUAACGCUGCGCUCCCCCCCCACCCUGCUCAUCACCAACAGCCCCAUAAAAACCGUGAUGCCCUCCCCCCACGUCAGCUCUGUCAACGUGGUGAAGAUGACGGCCAUCGCCCUGGCCCCCAGCAGCACCGCCAACAGCGCCGUGCGACCAGCCUCCGCCGGCAUGAGCACAGCGGCUGCCUUCGACGACUCCCAGCAGUCCCAGAACGGGAACUCAGUAGCCCCCCAGUCUGCUGCGGUCAAACCGGGUGCUGCGGCGUCCACCCCGGCCCCCUCUGGAGACGCCAAGGGGGUGCCUGAAGCUGGAGGCGACAGCAAUCCCCUGUGCGGUGCAGAGAAACAAGCCGGCGGAACCAAAGAGGAGAAGAUGGUGAAGUUCAGAGCUGCGAGCGAGCCGAGCUUCCUGGUGAAGUGUUCCCCGGGACCAGAGAAAGGGUUGAGGACAAAGAGCGACUCCACCUCGCCCCCCAGCUCCGCACCGGGGACUCAAGACAGCAAUAACAGCAACUGCCAUGACAGUACUUUGUACUUGACUGUUGAUAAUCAGAACUCCAGCGCGUCGUCCAACGGCUCGUCCGCCGUCACCCUCACACCCAAAGACGGCUGCCUGGACGCCAAGAGCCCCAGGAAGCGUGCGGCUGGGGAGUCCCACGUUAUCCCCGUCAAGAGGGUGUUUAUCUCCCAGCAGCCGGUCGCUGGUAUCGACGGCACCAAACCCGGGGUGAGCGCCGCGAUGAAGAGAGUUCCCCGACCGGGAACCCCGGCGAGGCCAGAGAGCGCCCCCUGCAAAGGGAUGGCCAAACACACGGCUCCGGGGCCCGCGCAGAUCCUGGCGCUCACCGACGCCCCCCUCACGCACGGCGAGGGGCCGCAGGCCGCGGCCAAGCAGCAGGAUUCAAAACACGAGGACCACUCUAUCGCCGUUGACCCCUCGCCCGGCGCAGGGGGGAGCGACGCGUCUGAUCAGGCUCUGCUGCAGCAGAUCGCCGGCGACCCCUGUGCCGUUACAGCCAACUCAGGACCACACGACGCCUCUGUGAGCGACUUGAAGAGCACAAUGUGGGAGCCUCAGCAGGUACCGGCGGAAAACAAGCAGGCCGCCCCCGACCAGCUCGCCAUGAUGGCACAGCCCUCCGACGCCUCGGCCCAGCUGCCGCUCACGCAGAUCGUCGACUUCGCCGGGUCCCAGCCCAGCAUGGACUACUUCUCGUUCAACGACGACGACAUGACGCAGGACAGCAUCGUGGAGGAGCUGGUCCAGAUGGAGGAGCAGAUGAAGCUGAAGGGCCUCUUCGCUAACUGCGUGGACGUGUCCGGCUUACAGGGCCAGUCGGCCGGCGGCCAGGGCUCCAUCCUCGCCGCUCACCAAGCCACCUCCACCUUCUACCACUCCGCCCACAGCAGCACCACCCCCGUUCAGACCCCCACGCCGACUCCGACGCCCACCCCGACCCCCACCCCCACCUCGGAGAUGACGCUCGCCCACAGCCUGACCCGGGAGAGUCCCUGCUCCCGCAUGGCUCCCGUCACCCCUGUGGACGGAGCGAUGGGCCGACACACCCCCAUCAGCACGCCGCUGUCCAACUGCAGCAGCAGCGUGCCGCCGAGCCCCGUGGAGUGCAGGAACCCCUUCGCCUUCACGCCCAUCAACUCCAGCAUCACGGGAUACCACGACGCGAGCAUCAUCUCCAGCAGCCCCGUCAAGCCCAUGCAGAGGCCCAUGGCGACGCACCCCGACAAGGCCAAGCUGGAGUGGAUCAACAACCGCUACAACAGCAGCGCCGCCGGACCCCUGUCCAACCACAGCAUCGGCAUUCUGCCGAGCUACCAGGACCUGGUGGACGACCAGUUUCGCAAACCCCACGCGUUCGCAAUCCCCGGCCAGUCGUUCCAGUCCCAGGCGAGGCAGGACGGCGCCCAGUUUGGACGCGUGACGCCGAUUUCUCCAGUGCAACAGCAGCAAACGCAGCAGCAAACGCAGCAGCAGCAGCAGGUGGCUGGUGUGACCACGCCCACCAAGCAGGAGAGCUUCGCCGUACCUGCCCCGUUAGACGGCAAGGCCUCGGCCUCAUCCACGUCCAGCACUUUCCGCUGCCGCAGCGUCAGCCCCGCCGUGCGGCAGAGGAACUUCAGCGGCAACGCCAACCCGCCGCCGGCCACCACCGCCGCGAGCACCGCCGCCACGAGCCGCGCCGUGGUCUCGCCCUUUAACUCCCCCAUAACCUCCGAGGUGCUCAGCAUCCUGUCCAACAGCCAGACCGUCAGCUCUGUGCACAGCAUGGUGCAGCGCAGCCAGUCCGUACCCCUGAACGUCAUGAUGCAGAGCGAGAUGCUGCCGGUGCAGGGUCAGAGCAACACCGCCAAGAUCACCAGCGUCCUCCUCAGCAAGAUGGAGGCGGAGGGCGACGACUCUGUCCGGGGCCUGGGCAUCAACAACCUCCCCUCCAACUACACGGCGCGCAUGAACCUCACGCAGAUUCUGGAGACGGCGCCGGGCUUCGCGGGAGGAAGCGCCCCCCAGACUCUGCUGCCCGUCAGCUCCAGCCCUGCUGCCUUCGAGCUGCAGCAGCACGGCUACCUCACAGCUGACAGCCAAGCACAAGCCGGUCCCAGUGAGCAGGACCAGCAGCAGCAGCAGCAUCUCCAGGAAGAUCCAGCGCAGACACAACCGCAGCUCCUCCUCCAGAGCACACAGCAGCAGCAGCAGCAGCAGCAGGAGGCGGAGGACGAACAGCAGCAGCUCGACUUCAACAACACUGUCAAGGACUUGCUGGGGGAGGACGGCCUCAACCCCAGCUCCCAGCUGGUGGGUCAGGUCGCCUCGGAGCUCAACGCCGUGGCGUCCGACUUCUCCAACGACAUCAGACUGACCUCAGAUCUGUCCAGUAGCAUCACUGACCUUAACACGUUGGACGCCAACCUGCUGUUCGACCCCAAUCAGCAGCAGGAACAGUACGAAGACUCGACACUGGAGGAACUGAAGAACGACCCGCUUUUCCAGCAGAUAUGCAGUGAUACUGUGAACUCUGGCUUUGACUGGCUAGAGAGCAAAGACCAGCCCACUACAGUGGAGAUGCUGGGUUAACGUUCUCUUCUACCCUGUAUGAUUUCUGUUCUCUGUUGGUUCAACUUGGUGCAUAUAUAUAUAUAUAUAUAUAUAUAUAUAUAUAUAUAUAUAUAUAUAUAUAUAUAUAUAUAUAUAUAUAUAUAUAUAUAUAUAUAUAUAUAUAUAUAUAUAUAUAUAUAUAUUAUAGUGUGUGUGUGUGUAUAUGUAUGUAUGUGUGUGUUUUUAUAUAUGUUUUAACCCAUUGUUAGUCUGAGUUUGUCUGGAUUUUGGCUGUUCGUUCUGUUCAAAGUGCCAUGCUUUCCAGAAAGUCUCCCCCAUCCUCCCCUCCCUCAUCAUUCGUCAGCAAGAGCUUCAGUAUUUCACUCACUUUUUCCCCCUCAUCUGAGAUCUAAAUUGAAAGCAUUUCAAGAGAGGAGUGCGAGCACUCUGUGGCAGCAUGCACCGACAAACGAGAGCAGACGCGUGUGCUUGGAGGGGUAAUCUUUAUUAAUGCAAUAUUUAUACUUUAUGAACAACUAAGGAAGAGUUCAUGCUUUUGCAAAUCUGGCACACGAGAUUUAACCAAAAAAAAAAAAAACACAAAAAAAGCAUAUUCUCCUUUUAAACGUGUGCAAGUUCAACCAAAUGGAGACAAUAUUGGUUAUUGUGGUAUAUGCACAUAAAAGUUGUAGUACGUUUGCCUGCCAUAUCAAAAAAAAAAAAAAAAAACUAUAAAAAGGGCGGCAUGUUAAGCUGCCAGGUGCUGAAUUUCUGACAUAAUCUUUAUACUUUUAUCAUAAACCAACAUCAGUGGAAAAAAACUGAUUCAUGUGUGAAACUUCUCAAAGCCUAUACUUCUUGUACUGUUUAUUAUCUUCAGAAGAAAAAAAAGAAAGAAAGAAAGAAAGGGAGUUAUGUGGGUCAGUAGGGAGAGGAUGGCGAUGCCGGCCACUUUGGGGAGUAUUUAUUGAAAGAAAUCAACAACUUGGCUGCCUUAUUCCCAAAGUUUAAGGCCUUACGUAAUUGUUAGAACUGUAUAUAGUAUAAUGUUAAGAUAUCCAGAGCCUCAUCCCUUCACGGCAGCUGUUACUCUUCUUUUUUUUUUUUAGUUGUGGUUUUGCAUUGUUCCAAGAAAGAUGGGUGCUGCUCAUUUCAGUCCUUCUGUUGUAAUUUUUUUUUUUUUUUUUUCCCCGUACCUUUAUGGUUUUAGUUGUCCGGGCCACGAAAUGGAUCCAUUAGCCACGGGGACAUUUCAUACCAACCAUGGUAUCAAUUUGUACCUGCUAGUAGGACGUUUCACACCUAAUUUGACAACUGAGGAUUUAAAGGGAUGACCUGCUUAUAGUUUGAAUUUGGUUCUGUAACAGCGGCAAAUAAUACUGCAUCGGUUGCGUUUCAAUAUGCCUCCCUUUCCCUUUCCCCACCAUACUUAAUUUCUUGGAACCUUUUAUAUUACCCUGGCCGUUUGUAGGGUGCAGUUGGUGCUAUAAGGUGCAAAACUGUGCUGUUUAUGUAAAUUACGUCCAGCAUGGCCGUAAUGUAACUAUGUGACUGCUCGUUGUGACUUCACCAACUUUUUUCAGGAGCCAGUGUUGUUUUCUGGGGGCCAUUUUUUUUUUACCCUUUUCAUUUUCUUUCUGCGUCUUGCAGGGUAAUAACAAUUCUUCCAGUCAAAAGAAUAUUUUAGGGGUUUUAGUGCUUUUUGUGCUCCGAUGCACAAAUAAGGACAACUGUAAAUCUUCUGGGUCAUUUCAAGUUAGGAAAGAAAGCGCUGCUGCAGGUUGCGUGCGUGCGUGGUUAUUAAUGCUCCUUUAAAUAUCUGUGAAUUUAAAACAAAACGUCCUCUGGC